AUGGGGCGAUGCCCAGAGAAAUGGACAGCAAAUCGUGUAGCGGAUCCGGCCGAGCCAAGCCGAGUUUUAGUUAUUGCUAAAAAAAGAAUUGUUGAUGAAGCAAGCAAUGUCAUCACUCACAUAACGACUGACAUUCCAUUUGUAGGUUCACGAGAAGCCGCAUUUACAUAUUCGAUUUUAUCAGCUGGCGUAACACAUUAA